CAGACUAAUCAUAGCCCGCUCCUUAUUCGUGUCGUUGUGUUUACUUUUAUUCAAGUGACGUUAGCCAUUUGUUCCGUAAUUUCUUGAAACGUAUUACGUUCAUAACAAUAACAAUUAUGGUGUCGAUAUUACUAACGUAUCGUACGUUUGUAAUGUGCACAGGUGUAAUAACAGAAUGAUAUUUUUGUUGUUCGGUCGCGAGACGAAUGAAAUUCGACGAUUAAUCUUACUUACCUACACUAAACAUUUGAUUAGUAAAAUUGUCACGUAGAACGCCCGUAACUGAUAACGUUUUAUUUGAAAAAGCGGUGUGGUUUAUGUUAUUAAUACUUUAUAAAAAGAAUCAAAGUGCAAGUGUAUUUAAAGUGUCACAAUCAUGGAAAAAGUUCGACAAAAACCGAAAAAGGAUCUCGCCAAAGAUAAAUCUAGUAUUUUUACUACCGACAUCAAGUCUAUGAAGGAGCACAUUAAAAUAAAGGAAAUAUUAAGAAAUGUCAAAAUGAACAGUAGUAUGAGACUAAAAGCACCGAAAGGCAGUAAGAUUAUGGAAAAUAAAGAUUUUAACGACGACUUUGACGAAAAUCCUAACAAUGAGGAGACUCCUGCGAGCGCGACUAAUACGGAAAUGUUGAAUUUAGCCUCUGAAAAUUUAAAUGAAAAAUGCGUUGAUGAUAGUGAAUGUCUUCGAAAUGGUAACGUUGUUGACAAAGCAGGCUGUACUAAAGAAACAAAAGAUAUAAUUAGAAGGAAAUUUACUGCUGAUAUUCCAGAAAUUAUAGUUUGUGAGCAGUCUGAAAACGAUAGCAUCUCUCAGCCAGAAGUCAUAGCAGUUCCUAUAGAAAAUGAACACAGCAAAAUGUCACAUGAUCAUUUGAAUCGACAAGUAUCUAUGAAUACAGCAUCACUUAAUGAAAAAUUACAUCACAUACAAACGAGAGAAAGAAAACUAUCUCUUGAUCAAACGAUGUUAAACAGACGAGAAAGUUUUUCUCAGUCGGAACUGGAUCUACAUUCCAUUGGAAAAUCCCCAUUAGAACGAAAAUCUUCAUUUUUUCGGAAAAAGUUAGAUAACUUUUUUAAAAAUACUUCAGAAGUAUUCAAGCGGCAAUCUUUAGGAAGCAAAUCUGAAUUACGUCGCAGAAGUUCACUGUCUAUGUCAUUGCAAUCUCUUAAUGAAGAUUCCAAGAACAACAGCAGCCCUGCUGCUAGUGAAAAGUUGCAAAAAAGUAACUGCAGUCUACAGUCAUCGUCGACUAUAGGUUGUAGUAACUCAAGUCUCCAAAGCCAAGGCGAAUCUGUGCCACAGGUCCAAAGUGAACAGGAGGGUUUGGACAACAGCCAGCCAGCACUCAGCACAAGUCAACCUUUGACGGAUUUGUCCUUGGAAAGUAUAGAUGGUCUGUCUGAGGAGUAUAUUCAGGAUGCCAUGCUAAAUUCCCGGGCGAUAUCAAUGAGCUCAGGUCUAGAUACGGCAACUGGCACAAGGAGGCGGAAAGCUUUGCGAUCUAACAGAGUUACGUGGCUGGCUAGUGAAGGACUCACAAAUUAUCUGCGUCGUGUGAUUCAAGAUGAAAAGAACAGGGAGAUACAUGUAUGCCACUCCUACCAGGACCUGUCAAGUAUACCAGAGAAGUACCUUCACGGUAUCGACAGCAAAGGGCGCCGGCUCUCCUACCAGAGGGCAGUGUCGGGAGAGGACCCCAUGCCCCACCCUCGAUACCAGGAUACCAGCUUAAGAAAACGUGGAAUACCGGAGAAUUCUGAGGCUAACUUCGAGCUGUCGAAUCAGCUAGCAGAGUUCACGCGCAGCGGGGUGCCUUCGCUGAAGGGCUUCUGCGUUGCCAACGUGCCCGACGAAGCUUUCGCCUAUCUACUUUGGGCCGAACACCCCGAAAAUCUCGAGGAAUUCUACGACUGGAAGAAAUUAAGUCCGAAUGAAGAAGCCAGACAAGCAGUAAUUCGCGAACUCAUUACCACAGAAGCAGACUACAUCAGGCAUCUCAUUUCUAUAGUGGAGGUGUUCAUAGCUGCUGCACACGCGCUGCAGGAUAGCGGGAAACUUCUUGAUGUUGACUCCGAACGACUAUUCUCAAACAUUCCCGAUGUACUCAACGCCAGCCUGUGCUUCUGGGAGAUCACUAUAUAUCCGAUGCUCGUCGAUGCUUUCGAAAAAACAGGACCAUUCAAUACAGAGCUUAUGUCUGCUGGUUUUUGUCGUUUUCGUGACCUAUUCCAACCAUACGAAAAAUACGUCAAGGAACAAACUAAAGCACUGGAUUACUUACGAUCAUUGUCUAGCAACACCGAUUUCAUGACAUACCUUACUUGGUGUCAUGGGCACAAGUCGUGCAACAGACUGCAGCUGUCCGACAUCAUGGUGAAGCCCAUGCAACGGCUCACCAAAUACAGCCUUAUACUGCGCCGCAUCAUCGCGCAUACUGACACUGAGCCCGAACGCACUAAUCUCAUCGUUAUGGAAUCUUUCGCCAAGAACUAUGUGCUGGAUCUAAACAGAUCCAUAAGACAACGAGAAGAAUUGGAGAAACUGGACGCUUUAGCAAAUUCCAUUGACGUUUACGAAAUACCUUUACAGGACUUCAAAGACGAAGAGAUGGAGCGGUAUUUCCGCAUGUUUUCACAACUGAACCUCAAGGCUCCAAUGGUAAACUGCUUACCCACCCACAGCAGGACUCUAAUUCACCAAGGCGACCUACGCUUCAGGGACAACGUAAAGGAGUACGAAGUUCGCGCUUUUCUCCUUACGGAUAUGUUGUUGAUAUGCAAGAAGCUUUCUAAAAGCUCGCCGCAUCCAUACAAACAAAUCAGGCCUAAAUACAUGGUGGAUAAGAUGAUGCAUUUCCCGAAGUACACUUCCCGGCCGAACAGCAGGGAGAUAGCUGGCCUGCUCUUUGUUGUGGUGGACGAUGUCGGCACCGCAUACCAAAUCUUCGCUCUUUCGGAAUCUGCAAAAGACACCAAUCCACACGCUACACUCAAACUGUGGGACCAGAAGUUAAGGGAGGCCAAACUAACUUACGACCUGGGCGUCUGGUUCGCAAAGAAUCCAUCGAGGGAUUUAUCGGAAGUGGAGAUGGAUUCUUCAUCUGACUACGCGGCGAGUGGCGUCAGCUGUCCGAGACCGAGCUCAGACGACAUGAACAUUGAACGCGAAGCAAGGGAAAGAGUGGCGGCCAUGUUGCAUCGCAGUAUGGGUGCCUCAACUGAGUAUGACUUCUCCCAAGCAUCGUUGACGACAGACUCAUUCGAUGCUUCCGGCACUAGCGGCGCCCGCACGCCUGGCCUGCACAACCUCAGACAUCCGAUGCACAGAAACUCCACCGGUGGCAGUUCGAGGAACUCGCGGCUAUCCAGCUUCCAUCAAUCCACGAGCGCCGCAUCACACGACGAGCCACAGGCGGGCCCAAGCAAGAAUCCCUACAAAGCCGGUACUUCAGUGGAACAUUUGAUACCACCACAGAAUCCUGAUGAUGCCGUAACGUCAAUAACAGUCAACGUGGUGAGCGAGAGUGAAUCUGAAACCGUGGUGCCUACAGAGCCUCCGGCAACGUUACAGCAAAGUUCGUCGCCAAGCAAAUCACCUAGCAAAUCAUCUGGCAAGCUUGUAACUCGCAGUUCCAGCUCUCAUAAGAAUACGUUGCGAGUGCAACCCCAGAGCGGUGUCAUGGCGCUCGUGCACAGCCUACCUGAUUUAACGAUAGACCCCUCUCCGCCACGGCCAAUCCAUAGUCCCAGCCCGCAGUCAGCGUCAGAAAAAUUGUACCAGUCACAUCAAGAGCUACUACAGCGAAACAGAUUGUCCGCCGUUCAGCAUCACCAGUAUCUUACGCCCGACCACCGAGGCACAAGUUAUCCACCACCUAGUCCAACUAGAGCAUCACUUAAGCGUGGACUGGCAUUCUCAUAUUCAUUCAAGAAUCCUCCGCUCUCCAAAAUGGGUCAUGUGAACAGUCAAUCGCAGCUGCAAGGAGACGCAGGGCCUUCGACCAGUCAAAAGGCAUAAGGGCGGGCGCUCACUGAGCCCGACCCGCAAGGAGGACAAGGGAGCCGACUGACACCGUCACCGCGGCAAGUCGCGAGACUGAACUAAGAAGAGAAAACUACAUUUCCGAUGGCUUUAUAGAUGGUGCUGGUAGUUUUCCAUGGAAAGGCCAAGGAUGGGUCAAAUAACUUUUAAUUUUGAUGUGACAUAUAUACGAGUAUUAAAACGUUUAGUACCUAAGAAUGAAAAGAUCCCAAUAUCUAAAAGAUGUUUGUAAUGUAAAUAUGAUGGCUUAUCUCUACACUAGAAGAACUUUAAUAUGUUAUUUAAAAUAAAUUGUUCAUGUAUAUUUAAUGUUAUCUUAAAGUAAUAUUUUGUGUGGCGAAUUAUUUAUUACAUACCUAUUUAUUUAUAACUAACAAUUUUCUAUAUGUUUUUAAAAUGUAAUGUGUUUUUAAAAAAUAAAACGAUUUUUAAAAACUUUGUUUAAAAUCGUUUUAUCGGGUCGGAGUCAUCGAAAGAAUAUUACUUUUUUAAAUUAGUACCUAAUUGUGGUAGUUAAAUAACUUUACUUUAGUAGUAGUUCGAUGUUAAUUUUUACUGCAAAUUUAAUUUAUUACCAUUCCAUAGAGAAUUUUAAGAAAUAAACCUUUACGUCGUAGGUAAAAAAGCAGCUGCUGAAUUUUUAAUUCUAAUUCUAACAUUAAACUGAAUUUCGUCAAUGUUUUACCCAGUGUAAAUUGAGAAAGGCCUAAUUCUUUUUUUAUUAAGUUAUGAUGAAAAAGAAAUUUAAAUUUGUGACAAAGAUUCAUAAUUAGUAGCCACAACAGCGAUUUUUUUAACCUCUAUCCUAUUAUGACAUGACAAAGCACAGUAUUUGCUCGUGAACUUCAUAUUAAUUGGAUUUGCAUAGGCAAACCUUUUUGUAUGCUUCUAAUUUUAAGUUUAUAUUGUUUUGUAUUAUGUAUACCAAGUGUUAAUAUGGUUGAAGUACUUAUAAUUCAGCAAAUGGUAUAUAUUUUUGUUAAAUAUUUUAUUAAAAAGUCUACGCUUCAGCGAGUAGACAAUUUUCAAAUAGGGUAAAUCUUAAAGCACAUAAAACAAAAAAAAUUGUAGUUUAUUGUAUUUAUUUUAAGGAUUUAACUGCAUAAUUUGUAAAUCUAAAGAUUUUAUUAUCUCGUAAAAUUCUAUAAAAAGGUUUGUUUUUAUUUAGGCAAAAGAGAAUUCAAUUAAACUUAAGGAAAUUAGUAUAAUUGUAAUUUUCGAAGCUGUUAAUGCUCCUUUCUGUACUUACACUAAGAGUAAAUCAUCAUAACACCAUUCUCUCGUUUAACAGUAUGUAUAUCAAAAAGUGUUGGUGUCAUAAAACCUUUAAGAAUGUAUUUAGAAAAAUAGUCAUGUGCAAAUAAAUAUUCUUCAAUAUUAUUAUCCUUCUGCAUUUAGUACUUAAGAAAGUUUGCGACUUUGUACAUAAGUAGGUACCUGGUAUAUCUAUAUUUGAACAAUAAUUACGCCAUCCUAAUUAGAAAACAAAAAUAUGCAUUGCCCCAAACUUUUGCUAUCAAAGUGGUACGAUUUUAUCUUGACAUCAAAGUAUGACCAAAGUUUAAAGAUAUAAUACAUUUUUUUUUAAUUACAAAAUUAACAUGUACGUACAUCUGGUCAAUAUAUUCACUUUAUAUAAAGUUCAAUUAAACCAAACCAAUUCCUCACACAGUUUUACCAAAGAGUAGCACCUAAUAUUUUUAACGAAUUACAGCCUAGAUUUCUAAAUACCCAAGUAACUUUUUUUAAUUAUAAGUACUAAGAAAAUGUUCCUAGAUCAAAAUUUAUUCUGUUGCAGGCUGAAGGCCUAAAAUUUUGUAAGAGUCUAUAAUGCUUAAUAAAUAUGCAUAGAGUUGUCUAUAAAAGUGAUAUAUUUCUAAGAAUAGAUUAUAUUUUGGUAUUUUUUUCAGGAGGACUUAUGCCUUGAUAAUUUUAUAUACCUAAAGCUAACCACUUUUAGUGACUAUCUUAGUAUUAGAUAAUUAGUGCGUAGCUAACUUAUUAAAAAUUUUGGAAUGACUAUAUAUUAGUACCUAGAUAUUCUUGUAUUUAUCAAUAAUAUUGAUAUAUAUUCGUUGUCUCAUAGUGAAAAUUAUUUAUAGUAGCUUCGGUUUUACUUAGGUUAAAAACAUUCAACGCAUUACAGACAAGGACAACGAAAAUUUUAUAUGUACUUAUUUUAAGGUGGAUGUAAUCCAAUAAGCACCAUGUAACCAUAAGGUCACUGUGCAAACACAAUCUUAAUAAUCGUCUUAUAUAACAGGCAAAUCACGACUAUUUCAUAUAUUUUUCUUAAAACUUACCCAAACAAAUUUAAAUAAGUAGAUAUUUAAAUAAAAUAACAAAAUUUUUCGCAAUAUAUUUACAGCAGUAAGUGUCUGGGUUGUUGGUUUUAGCAACCAACAACCCAUUUCCAAGUUUUCCAGACAAACAGAGAAAUCCCUAGUUAUCCACUUGAUUUUAUGCUAAGGCUGUUGUGUGUAUAUUUUAUGAAAGAAACAAUAAGUUUUAAAAAAAUAAAAUUAUAGCUGUAAUAACUAAAUUAGUUAAAAUUUCUAAUCAUAAAACUAAUACUUUAGGGAUCAAUGUAGGCGUACCAACCACGACCAAAAUUUAAAUAGAUUAGAAGAUUAAUAAUGUUUCAAUAUUCUAUUCACAUAAUAAUUAGGUUACUAAAUUUUACCGACUGCUGUAACUGGGAGUCUAAUAUUCCUUCAACAAUAAAGUGGCGUUUUUGCAUUUUCUGAACAAACAACCAUAGUAAUAUAUAUUUAUUUAUAUACCUACCAUCAGAAAGUAGUGCUUUCAACAAACAAAAAACGCACCAACUUAAAAAAAUGCAACGCUUUUAAUGUGAAAUUUUUCAAUUGAAGGUUGGGUUCGUUUUUUGAUUAGAAAUAUUAUUUCUAAUUGGAAAAAAUAGAGCAUGUUUGGGACAUAAGAUUUUAUACAAGUUACGUGAUUUUUUUUGUGCAGGAUAAAUAAUAAAAACUAAAAUGUUUGUUAUAAUGAUUUUCGCAGAUAUUUUUAGAAUAUGUGAAAAAAAAUAUGUAAAUACAAAUACAAAAGUAGUUGAUCUCUUUAUUAUCUACAACUCAACUUUCAUUUACGAUAGGAGUUGAAGUUUUCCCAGAAAUCGCGAUUUAAACCGUUUUACACUCUUAAAAGUUACCCUUCCUGACUUGGAAUAGCCCUUUAAUUAUUUUUCGUCCUUGUUUAUCAUAUUUUCUUCCUUUUGCAAUGGGUUUUAGUCUGUUCUGAUUUUGUUUUCACCUUUUACCAUUUUCAAAGGCUUCCGCCCUGGCCUAAAUUGCAUCAGAACGCGGUAGAAAAUUAAAAUCGUACAAGUACAAGUAAUGUCAAAUUAAUUAAAGGCACGUUCUGUCUCAUUUGUAAUUGUCAAAGUAACAACGGGAUCAAAUUUAGUCCAACUGCAGUUAAUUUACUUCUGUCUAAGUUUGUUUUAACAUGACCUAUACAUAAUUAUACAAGUAUGUUGUAAACAUUAGUAGGUACCUAUUAUAGUAAAGUGGUUUUUGUCAUCUUAUAGGUAUAGGUACAAUUAAAAUGUAUUGACUUGACACAUAAAUGUUUUCAGUAUAUUUACCCAG